AUGGUGCUCUCUGACUUCACUGGAGUCGGUGUUGGAUUCGGGUUCGGCGUUGGCUGUGGAUUUGGCGUUGGUUGGGGUUUUGGAGGAGUGCCUUUGAAUGUUUUAGGCGUUGGUGUAGGUGGAGGUUGCGGAGUGGGUUUAGGGCUCGGCUGGGGUUUUGGAACUGCCUUUGGCAGUCACUACCGAUCAUCUAGGCUUACAUUUCAAGGCGUCGAGCUAGAGAAAGAGGGUAAGGUGGAUAACAUGUCCAAAAAUGCUUAG